AUGCCUACCUAUCAGAUAUUUUUCAUAGUUGCUUGGAUUCUACUACAAAUUGCAACAAUUGGACUGAACGUUAGGGCCUGUUGCGUCACAGCGGAUUCGAUGUCAACUACAGGUCUUCUACUACAUAAAUUGAAACCACGAAGCGAUGAGGAACCAGUGAGCUUGAUUUAUCAAAUAAUACAAAUAUUUUCAAUUGAAGUGAUGCAACGCAAAAAUAACUUCACAGCUGCGGGAUUUUUCGAUAUGAACUACAAACUUAUAACAUCGAUUAUUGGUGCUGUAACAACAUAUUUGGUCAUAAUAAUACAGUUCUACUUUAGUAAUAUAAAUAACAAAAUGCCCUCACCGUCUUCAGUUCCAGAGAAAACUAUAUAG